CCGGCGGGGGUUUGUUUUGACUCGAGUCGAGCCCCUUGUCUACUGAGAUAGCGCGCACUCCGGCGUUUUGCUGAUUACUUUACCGACACUGGGGACUUUUUUUUUUUCUAAACAUUGGUCUCCUUCUUCAGUGACUGAGGUCGGCACAAACCAAACCAAAACCAGCAGAGGUCGGGACCUGAGCUCCAAGGAGCCACCACUACCCCAGAUGUGACCCGGUGAAUUCCUCUUAUCUCUGAAGGGUGUUGAUGGAGAGCCAUUCGAAUGACAGCCGGGACAGUGGUCAUCACUGGUGGAAUUCUAGCUACAGUAAUAUUACUCCUUAUCAUCGCAGUACUGUGCUACUGUAGGCUGCAGUAUUAUUGCUGUAAGAAGGAAGAGUCCGAGUCGGAGGAGGAGGAGCCAGACUUUGCUGUCACAUCCCACCUCCCACCAGUCCACUCCAAUCACAACAUUGUGGCGGCGACAGCCGCCGCCUCCUCCAUCCCGAAUGGCCCCGCCCUUUUCUCCACCCCUCCGCUGGCCAGGAAACUGACACGUUCGCAGACCUUCUGUCCAUCCUGUACUCAUUAUGAGCUGCCUUUCUACCUCCAGCCUCCUCAGCCGCAGAUCCACCACCAGCCAGAUGGGUUGAGGAAUGGAGGUGACCGGAUCAGCUACCGCAGUGUCCAGCAGCAGGAUCUGGACCUGCCAGUGCCUGUGAACAUUUCAAACUAUCGCAAACCAAACCUUGCCCGGUCAGUCACCAUGAGGGACAUGUUCACACGCAGCUGUAGCAUCAGCACUGAUGUUUAGCUGAGCAA